AUGCUUGGACUUCGUCACAGGAGUACUCAGAUGGACUAUCCGUGGCGCCUUUCCGUCUUCCUGAGGCAAAGAGAGAAACACGGUGUAGGAGGUUUCACCACUACACGUGCCAUCACUGCCCAGGAGGAAGUGAAUGUGGCUUUAGGAGGAAAGACUGUACAGUCAUCCACAGGGUUUGGUUGGGAAGCCAACAGGGCCAUUGACGCUUCACCCAUAACCUGCACCCAUACUAAAGUCACAACUGAUAACCCCUGGUGGAGAUUGGAUCUUCUGGAUUCUUUCUACAUCUCUAGAGUCGUCAUCACUAACAGACCAAACUGCUGUGCGCAGCGACUCGAUGGAGCAGAAAUUCAUAUUGGAAACUCUUUAGAAAACAACGGCAACAAUAAUACCAGAUGUGGUGUGCUGUAUGGUGUUGCAGCGGGUCAGUCCGUAUCUGUGUCCUGUGCUGAGAUGAAUGGACGAUAUGUGAACAUCAUUAUACCUGGAAGUUCAAAAAUUCUCACUGUGUGUGAUGUAAAGGUGUAUAUGGGCAGCGCUCCGACAGGUGAGAAUCUGGCCUUAAGAGGACAGGCUGUACAGUCAUCCACAUAUAGUACUUUUGAAGCAGCAAGGGCUCUCGACACUUCACUUUCAACCUGCACCAUUACGGACACAACUAAAAACCCCUGGUGGAGAGUGGAUCUUCUGGAUUCUUACUACAUCUCCAGAGUUGUCGUCACUAACAGAGCAGACUGCUGUGUGGGUCGAAUCGAUGGAGCGGAAAUUCAUAUUGGAAACUCUUUGGUGAACAAUGGCAACAAUAAUACCAGAUGUGGUUUGCUGAAUGAUGUGGCAUUGGGUCAGGUUGUAUCUGUGUCCUGUUGUGACAUACAGGGACGAUAUGUGAACAUCAUCAUACCUGGAAGUUCAAAAGUUCUCUCUAUGUGUGAUGUAAAGGUGUUUGCAACUAAAGUCAUAAAAGGUUUCAUAAGGAUAACAUUUAACUCCAGUCUCGAUAUGUCAGAUCCAGCAGAGAGGAAAAACAUUCUUAAUGAGUCCCCUGACCUGAACCCUAAAGAAAAUGAGUGGGAUAAACUGAAGAGAAGAAGCACCAACAUGGAUCUGGAAUCUGAAGGUUCUGGAGAGAUUCUGCAUGAAGGAAUGGUCUCUAAACUCUUGUCAGGUGUUCUCCAAACUCAUCAGGCAUUAUAG